GUCACUGCACACUUCCCCCUCUUCCAACAGACAUUUUUGCCAUUCCAGUUGACGGGAAACGGCCUAGUGACUGACCUCAAUUUAUUCUUUAAAAAAAGGAUUUUUUCUUUCUGUAUUGACCAGAUAUCGGAAUCAAGAUGUUUUACACGUGUGGACCAAAUGAAGCCAUGGUGGUGUCUGGCUUUGGCCGUUCUCCUCCUCUAAUGAUUGCUGGAGGAAGAGUGUUUGUCCUCCCAUGUAUUCAGAAGAUCCAGAGAAUUGCCCUCAACACCCUGACUCUAAAUGUGAAGAGUGACAGAGUCUAUACCCGUCAUGGGGUCCCUAUCUCUGUCACUGGCAUUGCACAGGUGAAGAUCCAGGGCCAGAACAAAGAGAUGUUGGCCACUGCCUGCCAAAUGUUUAUGGGCAAGUCUGAGGCUGAGAUUUCCACGAUUGCUCUAGAAACAUUGGAGGGACACCAGAGAGCCAUCAUUGCCCAUUUGACUGUGGAGGAGAUCUAUCAGGACCGUAAGAAGUUCUCUGAGCAGGUCUUUAGAGUGGCCUCCUCUGACCUGGUCAACAUGGGAAUUGGUGUCGUCAGCUACACGCUCAAAGAUGUUCAUGAUGAUCAGGACUACCUUCACUCUCUGGGUAAAGCCAGAACAGCCCAGGUGCAGAAGGAUGCCAGGAUUGGGGAGGCUCAGUACAAACGGGAUUCUGUCAUGAGGGAGGCUCACGCCAUGCAGGAGAAGGUAUCAGCUCAGUACAAGAAUGAGAUUGAGAUGGCAAAAGCCCAGAGGGACUACGAGCUGAAAAAAGCCGUCUAUGAUGUUGAGGUCAACACAAAGAAGGCUGAGUCAGAAAUGGCCUAUCAGCUUCAGGUGGCCAAGACCAAGCAGCGCAUUGAGGAGGAGAAGAUGCAGAUUCAGGUGGUGGAGCGUACCCAGCAGAUUACACUGCAGGAGCAGGAGAUCAUCCGUAAGGAGAAGGAGCUGGAGGCCAAAGUUAAGAAGCCGGCAGAAGCCGAGAAAUACCGAAUGGAGAGACUGGCUGAGGCGCAUCGCCUGCAGCUCAUCAUGGAGGCUGAGGCUGAGGCCGAGAGCAUCAAAAUGAAGGGCGAGGCCGAGGCCUUUGCCGUGGAGGCUAAGGGCCGCGCUGAGGCGGAGCAGAUGUCCAAGAAAGCAGAAGCCUUCCAGCAGUACAAAGAUGGCGCCAUGGUGGACAUGCUGCUGGAGAAACUGCCACUGAUUGCAGAGGCGAUCAGCCAGCCACUGUCUGAGGCUAAGAAGAUCACGAUGGUGUCCAGUGGGGGCUCAGAGGUGGGAGCAGCCAAACUUACUGGGGAGGUGCUAGAUAUCAUGACCAGGCUGCCUGCCGCUGUGGAGAAACUCACCGGAGUCCGCAUCUCUCAGGUUGUAGGAACGGCCGGCCUUGUGCACUAAGAAGUGACCAAGAGUAGAAGUAAUCGGGAGGUGUCACCGAUAUUCAGACGAGGAGCUUCACGCUUCCUCCUUGUGCCUAUAACCACUGCAGACCGUAGUCUUGUAUGAUCGUCUCUGUGCAUGCAUAUUCCACUUGUUUGUCUCUUUCCAGUUCCUCCUCCAUCUAAACGGGAUUUCUCGUGGUUUCUUAUCGUGUCCCUGAGCUGUGGUGCUUUCGGCUUUAGUUGACAGCCAAAGUAGCUGCAAGGGAUAUAAUAAUGAAGCUAUUUGUUUUUACCAGGACACAAAACAAUCAAAGUAGGACUUCCCUGUCUUUGCUGUUUUAUACUUGACCUGAAAGAAUGCAAUUUAUUUUCAAAUCUAAACCAACCAGCCUAAUUUUCUCUGCAUAGGGACUUUAUUAACUAAUUCUUUAUUUUUUUAAACUUUUAAUGUAGAAAAUGUCAGCUGUAGGUUUUUUUUGGUGCCUUUUUAGUUAAUUAAAUGGCGAACUGUUGCCUAGCUUCACGUCUACUUGCUUUGUCCACUCGUCCACUGUGAAGAGUCAAAGGUUGGUAUUGAUGGUUUAACUCCACGUCUUUUUUUUGUAGUAACCGACUAAGUUAAUGGGCCCAAAACCAUAUCGGUGGAUAUAUUUGAUUUGAUGUUUCAGAAUGCAGGGGAAGGAAGUGGUUGAUGGGAACGAGCUACAGGGGGUUCCCAAUGAAAGAAAUGAAAGUUUGUUGUGGUGGAAGAAAAAAAGAAGUCUGUGGACUUUGCUGCAGCGUCUGCAGGAGUCUGACGAGUAAAGGCGGUCCCUGCAUGCUGCUUUUAUGUGCUUGCUGUCUGGAGUUCAAACUGACAUGUGGAAGAUAGUAUUGCUUUUGUGAUUCUUUUAUAUAGUGUUUAUGAUGUGAUGGAGUAUUAUAGAUUUUGACACAUUUUAGCUCUUGAGAAAUAGUUCAGCAUCUCUGAUCAGGAGAUCUUUUUUUUCAGACUAACAGCUUUGCAGCUGCCAAGCCAUAUGCAUUUUGUUAUCGCCAAGUGCCUGGUCAAACCACAACUGUCAAGACGAGUUUACUUCCUCAAUUAAGCCGAUUCCACUUUUUCUGUCAGGGAACUGUUCCUCGUAUCCAACUGAUCCCAAGCCAUCGGGCGUCACUAGUGACAGCCGUAGAUAAAAGCCAAAUCAGUCUCUACUUUUGUUUCUCCUUGUGACUAAUCUCUUACUAUCCUUAAAAUGUAUUGUUGCAUGUCUGUACUUUAAGUUGACAAAUGAUAUAGCUUUAAGAGUAGUGUACAAUGUUUAUCUAUAGUGAAAUGUUCCAACAAUAAAGUGAUGGCUUAAUCACUAA